CGUCAAAUAUGACACCGGCCUUUUUCCUAUAAAUACUGAGCUCGAAUGCUUCCUCAUUCACAAACAACACACUACAUAUCUAGAAAGCAUUAGAACAAAAAAAAACCUUUGUUUGAAAAUGAAGGUGUCCAUGUCUCUCAUCCUGAUAACCUUAUCAGCUUUGGUCACCAUUGCCAAAGCAUAUGAUCCAAGUCCACUUCAAGACUUCUGUGUGGCCAUUGAUGACCCUAAAAAUGGUGUUUUUGUGAAUGGUAAGUUUUGCAAGGAUCCAAAGCAAGCAAAGGCAGAAGAUUUCUUUUCCUCAGGCCUCAACCAAGCAGGAAUCACUAAUAACAAAGUCCAAUCCAACGUGACAACAGUCAAUGUCGAUCAGAUUCCAGGGUUAAACACUUUGGGAAUAUCCUUGGUCCGCAUAGACUAUGCGCCAUAUGGUCAAAACCCGCCUCACACACACCCUCGUGCCACUGAGAUCCUUGUUCUUGUUGAAGGAACAUUAUAUGUUGGUUUUGUCUCUUCGAAUCAAGACAACAACCGUUUAUUCGCCAAAGUGCUGAACCCGGGAGACGUGUUCGUGUUCCCCAUAGGAAUGAUCCAUUUUCAAGUGAAUAUCGGGAAGACCCCCGCAGUGGCCUUUGCUGGACUAAGUAGUCAAAAUGCUGGUGUCAUCACGAUCGCAGAUAUAGUGUUUGGAUCAACGCCUCCGAUUAAUCCAGAUAUUUUGGCUCAGGCGUUUCAGUUAGAUGUCAAUGUUGUCAAAGACCUUGAGGCCAAGUUUAAAAACUAAAUCCCCAAUAUUGAGUGUUUAUCAAUGUAACACUUAAGUAAUAUGUAACACGGAGUAAAGGUUUAUGCUUAAUAAAAUAAAAAGGUGUUAUCACCUAAUUUGAUAUUU